CGUACGAAGAUGUAGUAGACCAACGAGGACAAUCUGAGACGAGCAUGGAGGUUGAGAAAGCCGUGGGAAUAAAUAGAUAAAUGACUCGGCCGCGGUGCGAUCAUCGAGGAGCAUUAUCUUUCUCCUCUACGCCCGGCUGUCCAGCGUUAGAUUUUACUCAGUCCCUCAUCUCUCACCAUAAAACCACCAGCCUUCGAACAAAGUUGGGGUAGCUGUCUCCCCUACUUUCGAGAAGGGUAAUUCGAACAAGUUUACUACACCAGUCAUGUCUUCUUUCGGUUCGUUGUUUCGUGUAAGCACCUACGGAGAAAGCCACUGUGCUUCUGUUGGUGCUAUCGUUGAUGGAGUUCCUCCAGGUCUCGCACUCACAGCUGAGGACAUACAAGCUCAACUUAACCGCCGUCGUCCUGGUCAAAGCAACCUCACUACACCUCGUAACGAAGCAGAUGCAGUCCAACUGCAGUCCGGUAUCGAACAUGGUAUCACCCUUGGCACACCUAUCGGCCUGCUCGUAAGGAACCUUGAUCAGCGUCCACACGACUACAGCGAGACCGACCUCUAUCCUCGUCCAUCUCACGCCGAUUACACGUAUUUGGAGAAGUACGGUGUCAAGGCUUCCAGCGGUGGUGGCCGCUCCUCUGCUCGUGAAACGAUUGGUCGUGUUGCUGCAGGUGCAAUCGCUGAAAAAUAUCUCAAAGUUGCUCACGGUGUUGAAAUCGUCGCAUUCGUUAGCAGCGUUGGGAAGAUUGCAAUCCCCGAGACGAAGGGCGAGGAAGAUCCCGAGAGUGAUGAAGCUGCGGACCCAGUUUCUCCUGAGUUCCUGAAACUUAUCCAGACUGUCACCAGGGAACAAGUCGACUCUCAUAUCACCCGCUGCCCACACCCAGAGACCGCUGAAAAGAUGGUCGAGAGAAUCCUGCGUGCCAAGGAGAGACUGGACUCUAUUGGAGGAACCGUUACUUGCGUGAUCCGUAAUCUUCCCCCAGGUCUUGGUGAACCGUGUUUCGACAAGUUCGAGGCGAAGCUCGCCCACGCCAUGUUGAGCAUUCCUGCCACCAAAGCCUUCGAAGUCGGUUCCGGCUUCCGCGGAUGCACUGUCCCCGGUAGCAAACAUAAUGACCCAUUCAUUGCUUUGCCCAACGGCCGCUUGGGGACCAAGAGCAACUGGUCCGGAGGUAUCCAGGGAGGUAUCACCAAUGGCCAGGAUGUCUAUUUCCGUAUCGGGUUCAAGUCCCCUGCGACAAUCUCUCAAGCUCAACAGACUGCGAUGUACGAUGGAAAGAUGGGCGAACUGGCAGCUCGUGGAAGACAUGACCCCUGUGUCGUUCCUCGUGCUAUUCCUAUCGUGGAAGCCAUGGCCGCCAUUGUGUGUGUGGAUAUGCUGAUGCAACAAAAUGCCCGAGCUACUGCCACUGCUAGGCUCCCGGCUGUUACUACUUUGCCACCUACCAUGGUGCUCCCACCAAAACCUGCCAACUAGAUUGCAUAGACAAGGACACUGCUGUCAUUUUAUCAUGUAUUUGUCAACUAGCUGGUUAUGUAUAACAUAGAAGUUGUAGACUAGAAUGUAAUAGAAUACACUCCAGUUUGAGAAA